GCGGCCAGUUGAUUAUAUCAAUUCGUCGCAAGUGGUUGUAAAUUUGUGUAAACGCCGAGAGCGCAGACAAACUAAAGUCAUAUUAAUAAAAUUUCCAAUCAUAAAACUAAAAUAUAGUAUAUUUAUUAAUUGAAAACCGGUGAUUCAAAUUAAAAGUACGAAAGGCCGGUUAGUAUACAAUUACUUUCGCUUUGCUAUAUAUCUAUUACAGACUGCAUGUAUACAUAUCUACAAAAUUACAGAAGAAUUAAAUAAAAAUAGUAAUGCGUGUGCAUGUAUGUGAGUUACUUUAUGUGUGUGUGUGCGUGCAAAGAAUAUUGUGCAUUAACGCUAAAUAGGUAUUAAAUAUUAUGAAGGGUUAUUGCAGAAGAUUGGUGUCUACGUUCUUAAAACCGGUUAAUCACGCCUUAAACCCAUCAAACAAUUGAUGUAAUCCACAAUUACAACUAGCCAUAAUAUACAAUAUGUAUUAUUUUUUUUGUCAAAUUGUUAUAAAUACUUAUAACAAUACCAUACUAUUCAAUAAUAAGGGCUGUGUACAUAGUCAUAUGUUGCAAUGAUUAGUUGAGCGCUAACCAACACUAUCAGCUGAAGUGGAGUUCCAGAAAAAUCAGCUACUGCACUUCUUUCACAGCUGUUAUACACGACUCUCCUGUAAUUUUUUUUAUUUAUUAUUGUUGUUCUCUUUUUCUAAACCUAAGGUGAAUAGACAAGUUGUGAACCGGGUGCUUAUUAGCUGUUGUUUAAAGUUCAUACAAUUAUACUGUUUUAGGUAAAGAUAAUGUUAUUGAUAUAUUUUCUUAGUGGGCUUUUCACUAAUUUAAAUACCGCGAAACAGCUUAGCGAAUAUUUCAAAAGAAUUGGGUACAACACAACCACGUGGUUUUACCCACUUUGGUCAUUAACAUUCGGUUACCUUAUAAACUGCAUACUAAAAUGCCGUCACUAACACAAUUUAUCAGAUGAUUUCCUCUCCAACUGUCGUAGCCGCCAUUAAAUACACGUCAGAAAAAACAGCAAAAACUGGUACAAAAAUAAAAAUUUAGGAAAUAUGUAUAUAUACAUACAUUGUAGGUGAAAACUAAUAAGCCGCUGCGCAAUAGGAAACACGAGGCUGGAGCGUUUGAACAUACUUUCGCAGAAAAAGCAGUGCUAAAUCAAAAUAUUGAGUUAUCAAAGUCCUAUGAACAAAUGGUGUAUGUACUUAUCUAAGAGUAAAGUAACUUCUGGAACAGUGAAAUUCGCAAUAUUUCGUUAUCAGCACCCUAAAAUACGUGACAAUAUGUGAAACAGCUGAGUUUGUUUAUAAACUCAUAUAUACAUACAUAAAUACCAAUAACAAAUAGCGUUUGCUUAAAUUAAUGGAACAUUUGCAGCUCUUGAAUCCUUACCUCAUGGCAAGAGUCAGCUGCCCACUUUGCUAUUUGGUGUAGAGAAAAGAUUAUAGAAAGAAAAGUAGUGCAAAUGUCACUGACAUCGCUCGUCAUACGUGUGUGCAAACAUGUAAAGCCAUGGCAUACGAACCGGGUCGCCGGCGCUGCAAGUUGCGUCCAAGGCAAAUCAAGUUUUAUUGCUUGUAGUGGAUAAUAAUGACCCCCUACUGCCGGUUGCAUGCACAUGGGUUUUCCGUAGGUAACCCCAUUCAAUAUGCAUUGGUGUAGGUAGUUGUGGGAUGCGCAAGGUGAUAACCGUUGACUACCGUUAGUUGACGGCUGUUUAUAAUUUAACAACUACCUUCGUAUUCCUCAGAACAAAAUCGAUUUGAAGCCGGUAUUCAUAGUGGACAAUUUGUCUACGAUAUUUGGUUAUAUACAGACAUGCAUAAGUACUAAUAUUUACAGAGUUGGUACACAUUAUUGAAAAUAUUGAUAAAACAUUACAAAAAAUAUUUAUUUACUUGUGCAUAUACUUGUACAUAUGUAUUUACAUAUACUACUUGGUUAGAAUCACGCAAACACAGCGCAGCCAAAAAAUUGAUAUUUGCAUCGCAUAAUUUCUACCACAUAUAAAAACUAAAAAACUUGGUGUGCAAACAAAUUAUAGUGCGUUAAAAAGUCAAAUUUAAUACAUUUUAUUUCUUAAAAAAGAAAAAUCAAAGAAAAGAGCAUAAAAGCAUUGGUGUACAAAACAAUAAAUUAUUUUGUUUUAUCAGUCUAACUUUUGUAGAGUUUGUCAAUUGAAAAUUGUCCAAUUAAAAUUUGUGUUACAAAAAUGUCGGAAUCGACCGCCACUCAAAACUCCUCUGCGCGUAAUAAACAUUGCCCGCCGCCCCCAAGACGUAAUAGCAAAAAUUGUGGCGGCGGCGGCACAGAAUAUCUUGAUAUAACGAAAGAGGAGUUUGCGCGCAUUGAAGAUGCUUUAAAAAAAGAAGAAUUUCGAAAAUUAUUCUUUGAAUAUUGUGAAGAGAUACAAGAUCCGGAAAAUCGUAAACUUUACGAACAAGAAAUUAAACAAUUUGAAGCGGAACGGGGAGUAGAUGUGCGUUUUAUAAAUCCCGAACCCGGUUUCGUGAUUAAAACAUCUGAGGAUGGUGUUACAAAGUGUUUCGUAAAUGUAGCAAAAUGUGCCGAACUAACGCGUCCAUCGAAUAAGUUGUGCCUAAAUCCCGAAUCGGGUAAUCCCGACUUAAGCUGGUCGAUACCGCUUGCGCAGGCGCCACCACGUGAGGAUUUAGAUGCACAGGGUAAGCGUUGUCGCGUGUACGAUGUGAUUUUCCAUCCGGAUGCGUUGUAUUUGUCACAACGAGAUUCCGCUUUCCGUAAGUGCCUCAUUGACACAGCGCUGGACGCUGUAGAAAGAGAAUUCAAGGUGGAUUUGGAUCGUACAAAUUUAAAAUUUCCAAAACUACAAUUUAAGGGCAUGUCACGCCCAAUUGUGAUACGUACAUUAUCAAAAACUGCGCCAGCAGAGGCUGCCGAACCACACCCUUUGGAUGGCAUUUCACCUGCCAUGCCAUCAGCUGAUGCCGGUAAACCCAAAAUUAUACCGAUGAAAACACAAAAUGAAAUUGCAAAACCAGAAUUUAAUAUACCCAAAUAUGUUAUUAAGCAUCGUCGUGAUGUUGAUCUCUCCGAAUAUACCUAUGAAUUAGACGCUAAGUUCAGUGUGACGGUACCGCGCGAGUUAGUGAUAGAAAUCGAAUUACCUCUCCUCAAGUCUACAGCCGAAUGUAAAUUGGAUGUGACAGAUAAGUCAUUGUAUUUAUUGAGCGAACGUACCGGCGCAAAGUAUCGACUCAAUUUAGAUCUCCCCUAUGCUGUGGAUGAUAAGCGCGGUGUUGCGCGUUUCGAUACGGACCAGCGACGUUUAUGCAUAACGCUGCCAGUUACGCAGAAUAGUCCAAGGAAGCAACGUACCAUGCAUGAUUCCAUUUUCCAACUUAAUCGCGAAGACAGCGGUGUGGAGAGUGAUAUUCGCGAAGAGGGCAAUUUGCAGUCAAAUAGCGAAUCACCCGUAGAUGAGCUUAGUGACACGGUGGAGGAAAACCUGAGCGCAUCUGGUGACAAUGUAAAUUCGUCGCAGUCUUUCAGCUCGCCAGCGCCGACAUCAAUAAACACCGCCACCAAUUUCCUUAAGAGUUCCAUUCAGUAUCAGCUGCCCGCCAAAUUCGACUGCAAUGUCUUGGACAAUGUUAUGUCUUUGGUACUACACGUUCGCAAUGUACAGCCGGAGUCAAUAGCAAUGCUUAAGAGCGCUAAGAGUCUACAUCUGCAAUUUACAUCGAUUGGCAGCGGUUAUUACCCAACGCAUUAUGCACUCUACUUGCAACUGCCUGACGAUUGUAAUGCAGAAAUUUCGUCAGCGGAAGCUGAAGCUUGGGAAAAUAAUGUAGUACUGAAUCUAAACAUGGCUGCCUCUUGUGAGAAUAUCCACAACUACUUAGUUGGCAUUGACGCCAGUGAUUUAAAAGAGUACACAAUACAAGGAAAGUUCAAAUUGGUUCAUAAAUCGCGUCAAUCACGCAAGAAAUCUCCACCAACGCCCCCGAUUUCACUUUCCUCAUCAUUGGACAUUUCCGUUGAACGUUCGGAGUGUGAACGUUCUGUGGAAAUCGAAAUAAAACCUACAAACGAAGUACAAUCCACCUGUACGGCUAAUACCACAGAAGAUGAGGAUGGUUUGGUGCAUGCAGCCGAUGCAGCGCCGAAGAAAGUUAACAAAAAACAAAAGAAGAAGAAUAAGAAACGUCGUUCACUCUCCGAAUCGGUAUGUGAUGAUAUCAAAGUGUAUCAAAAACAGCAGCAACAACAACAGCAGGAACAGCAAAAACAAUUUUUGAAAGAGGCUGCUAAAAUUUUGAAUGAUGAUUCUUCUAAUUCACCGGAUGAUAACUCAUCACCGGAACGUAACGACACAAUUACACCAAACUUACAGCCACCAUCCAUGAACACCCAAUCAAUGGCUGUACCAAAUGGUGUACAACAACGAAAACAACGUAGCUAUUCGGAGUGUCGUAGUGGUGAUAGUAUUGUGAGUAGCGGUGCUUCCACUCUACCACCCUCCUUCAAGGGUAUUUUGAAACGCUAUAGCCGUUAUGCGCCACGUCCAUCGAUUUCUGACAGCUGCUCGUCUAUCGAUGAGUAUUCGUCGUUUUCUUGUUCCGUGGAUGGUGGUGUGGGGAGUAGCUUGCGUUUCUCGCAAUCAUUCAGUGACAUACCGGAGGAAAAUGACUCCAAUAGGCUAUCGGAGAGUUGUAAAAAGACUGUUAGAUUUAAUGAGGUCAUCAAGGAGCAGGUAUUUAGGCUAAAUUCCAGCAUUUUGGGGCAACGUAAGAAAAAUCAGAAACGCCGUGAUCGCAAACAGCGCGCCUUGCAGCGCCGCCUGAGCGAAGGCGAUUCUGCCGACUACGAAGAUAAUAGCAAGCCCAUUGACUUGGACGUUGACACCCAAUAUCUGAAAUCGAAGAGUAAAGGAGGUGACAGCGCAGAUAACAGUAUUCAUAAGCCGCCACAUGCUGGUGGCAAACACGCCAAUAAAUAUAACACCGCCAACAAGCAGCACGUAAAGGGCGGCAGCAAAAUGCAACGUGCUCGUCUCGAAUCAGAGGAAUCAUCCGAUGCGGAUGCACAUCGAAACACGAUGAUGUUCGAACUCGAUAUGUAGUGAUAGUGGCCGUUUAGCAAAUGCAUGCGCUACAGCAGUGUGGAAUUGUACAAACAAUAAACAAUCAUUAAACAGUAGCGACAGAUUAACUCGCGCAAUUACAAAAGCAACACAAACCAUCACCCACCAUAAUUAAACAUUGUCUCAUCUUACAUUGUGUGUAUACCGUAAGCAAUGCAUAUGAUCUAUUUAGACAUAUGUCUUAGCUACUUACAUAUAUACACAUACAUACAUAUAUAUUUAUAAAAUUUGUUGCAACUAUGUCUAUGCAUAUGUAUAUUUACAAUUUACUUUUGCCUUAAUUGUCAAACAUCAUUGAGUAAUUUUUGUAUGCUUAAAAUUGAUAGUUGCUAAAAACAAACACACACACACACAUACACGAACAAAAAAUAAUUCAACAUUUUAAAUAUGAAUAUUAGAUACAUUUUGUAGCAUGAGAAAUUGUGAAAUAUUACUUAAAGAAAAAAUUUGUUACCAUAUACACACACACUUUAAUAUACAUAAGGCGUGGCAAAAUUGUUUGAUAAACAUAGAUGAAAAAACUCACUGAUUUAAUUUAGCGUAAAAAAAAUGUCAUUGUUAUUAUACAUACAACAACUAUUUGUACAAUUUUAAUUUUGAAAUUUGUAAAACAAAAAAAAAACAACUACAACAGCAACAAUUUUAACAUGAUCAUUCUCAUAUUCAACGCAUACAUACAUUCAUACAUUUCUACAUAUACAAGUUGUACAAUUUUUAAAUAUAAUACAAUUAGUGCAUGUUCUCAUAUGCUCGUACAUGGACUCAAUACAUUCUGAGCACUUUAAUUAUAUAAUGAAAUGAAAAAUGUUAAUAAAAUAUUUUAAAAUUA